AUGCCUGCAGAAGGGAAAAGUGAUAUGGAGAGGAUUGGCCUCUUCAGUGAAAUGGGUUAUGUUACUAUUGGAGAUAAAUAUGUAUCACGUUAUAUGCGCCCUUUUAACGAAGCUGCGAGCAAGAACAGACAGAUGUUACCUGGGGGGACCAAAACACUGUCAGCUCUGCAGGCAGGUUAUUUUGAGCCUCAGUUUGUGAGGAUUUUCGAUGGUGAAGCCUACUCAAACCCUGUUCAGCUAAGGAGACGCUAUAGAUUGGCAGAAUCAAAGAAAAAUUUGGGCAAAGCUUUCCUUCCCAGUAAUGGAGACAAAUUGCCAUGUGGUCUUGGCAGCUAUUAUGGAACCAUAGGAGGUUCGUGUGCAUAUUUCAGUCCACAACUGAAAGCCAAAGAAAGAUACAUUCCUCCUGGGAAGAAUUUUUAUACUAAUCCAGGAAAGAAAGGGACUGGAUAUGGUUAUGCAAACCUUACCAUAGGUGAACAAUAUCCACAUGAACCUGAUGGGUAUGAAGUAGAAAGAAUAAAUGCAAAGAAAGUGCAAGAGGAACAUAAACGGUUGGUUAAAGGAGGGCCUUUCAAGUUAAAUCUAUAUCCCCAGGAGUAUUUUGAUGUGAAUCCCUAUUUUAAUGACAAACCUUUGCCACCUGUGAAGAAACCACCUCCAGAGAAGCCAGUUGCACCACCUUUCAAACCAAGUUCUCCUGCUAAAAAG